AUGUCUCCCACGUUCGUCGAAGAUUCUGGUUCAGACGGUUACGCCUCCCCCCAAGCAUCAGCCUACUGCACCUCCUCCGACCUAGUAUACAAACUCACAACCAUAACCGCCCCCACCCAAAACAAAACCAACACCACCACCACCACCACCACCACCACCACCACCACCACAACGCUCCAAACCUUUAACCUCACCAUCGACGACACCCCGUCCGGCUACAAACAAACCCUCGACGGCUUCGGCGCCGCAAUCACAGAUGCGACCGUCAUCACAUUGAGCCAACUCUCCCCGACUGCCCUACAAAAUCUCCUAACCACAUUGAUGACCCCCUCCGGAGCGAACUUCAGCCUGAUGAGACAUACCAUCGGAGCGUCGGAUCUCUCGCCUGAGCCUUAUACAUACGAUGAUAAUGGACCGGAUCCUUCGUUGUCGAAUUUUACGUUGACCAGUCAAGGGACCGCUAUGGCGGAUUUGCUCGCGAGGAUGAAGGGGAAGAAUGAGGCGUUCUACGUCGUGGGCUCGCCGUGGAGUGCGCCGGGGUGGAUGAAGAAGAAUCGACGGGUUGUUGGGGAUGUCACAAACAACAACCUCCAAGACGGCUACCUCAACAGCGGCGAGACGGACUACUCCGCCUCCUUCGCGCAGUACUUCGUCAAGUACAUCCAAGCUUUCGCGAGUUUAGGCGUGGCGGUGGAUGCGAUUACGCUGCAGAAUGAACCGCUGAAUAGUCAGGCUGGGUAUCCCACGAUGUAUAUGUAUGAUUAUGAGCAGGGGGGGUUGAUUAGGAAUUUCGUGGGGCCGGCGUUGGCUGCUGCGGGUCUGGGGACGAGGGUUUGGGCGUAUGAUCAUAAUACGGACGUCCCCUCCUACCCCCAAACCGUCCUCAAUACCGCCUCCUCAUACGUCAACACCAUUGCCUGGCACUGCUAUGCCGGAGACGUCGACUGGUCCGUCCUGACGGCCUUCCGGGCCAACAACAUCAACGCCACUCCCAACCUCAAGCAGUACAUGACCGAAUGCUGGACGCCCGCAACCGACUCAUCCAACUGGUUCCAAGCCGCCAACUUCACCAUCGGCCCCCUGCAGAACUGGGCGAAUGGAGUCAUCGCGUGGACCCUCGCGGCGAACUCGACGGAUGGUCCGCAUUUGUCGACGGGCGGUUGUACGAGUUGCCAGGGGUUGGUGAGGAUCAACGACGAUGGGACGUAUACGUUGAAUCUUGCGUAUUAUCUCAUGGCGCAGUUUAGUAGGUUCAUGCCGAAAGGGGCGGUCGUGUUGAGCACCAAGGGGAGCAGUCCGACGAGUCAUAAACCAGGACUGCAGGCCGUGGCGAGUUUGAAUCCGGAUGGGACGAGGACGGUGGUCAUGAUGAAUACGUUGACGAGUGCGGUGUUUGUGAGGUUGCAGACGGGGAGUGGGCAGAUGUGGAGUGGGAGUUUGCCCAAGUCGUCGGUUGUUACGUGGGUCUUGCCGCCUGUUGGUUGA